AUGUCUUCUGCUCAAGAAAGGGAUUCAUGGCCUUAUUCACGAGGAUUUCAAAAUUGUCCCGAGACUUGUGAUCCAGCUACGCUUAAAGUCCAUGGGAAAAUACCUAAAUGGUUAGAAGGUGUCCUUUAUCGUACUGGCCCUGGAACUUAUAAAAUCCCAUCAAAGAAAAAUCCGGAAAUUGUAUUUUCUUUUGAUCAUUGGUUUGAUGGACUUGGUCAAGAUAUUUGCGAAAAUAUAUUUCAAAAGUUCUUUACAGUCUUUCAAGCAUCUAUUUCAUCAAACAACCCGGAAGAUGAUCCAAACAGUAGAAACGUUAAUGUAACUCUUACCACCGCUCUUCCUCAUCCAGAAGGAAAUUCUACAACACUUGUUUUAGGAACAGAUGCAAAUAGUUUAAAGUCAAUCGAUCCGAUCACACUUGAACCAAUACAAAAUUUUUCGUUUAAAAAAUUUCAUCUAGCUUUAUCUGGACCUAUGGCACCAGCUCACUAUCAAUAUGAUGCUGAAACUGGAGAAUAUAUUUCUUUUGUUUCUAAUCCAGGUGCUAUACCUGAGUAUAACAUAUUUUCUAUCAAAACUGAUGAAGAAACUGGAAAACCUAUUACGACUAUUCUUGCUACCAUUCCAUUAAAAUUAGCAUAUAUUCAUAGCUUUUCUAUGACGAAGAAAUAUAUUAUUUUUAUUCUUUGGCAAUGUGAUUUUGCAAUGAACGGUGCGAAAAUAUUAUGGGAGCGCAAUAUGAUUCGAUCAUUUGUCCCAUGGGAUCCCAAUCAAAAGACUCACUUCUACGUAAUUGAUCGCAACCUUAAAAAACAUGUGGCCACCUAUACCUUUCCAACAUUUUAUUGUUUCCAUACUAUAAACGCAUAUGAUGAAGGAGACGAUAUCAUCAUUGAUUUAUCUCAAUACAAAGAUAAUAGUGUCAUCUUUCAACUUACAGUUAAUCGACUUUCGGGAUCUGAAACUAAUGCUGAUAAAUUACCUUUGCAAUUCGAUCAGAGUAGAGUACAUAGGUAUAAAUUAUGCAAUAUUUCGAAAAAUCUAGAUAGCGCAGAUUUGAAAUAUGGUAGUGAUAACUUUCCGAAUGCCGAACUUGUUUUUGCGACUUCAGAAGAUUUGAAUAUUGAACUUCCAGUGGUUAAUUUUUCAAGAUAUUAUAUGAAAAAGUAUCGAUACGUCUAUGGCAUCUCAUACUCAGGUUCUAAUCCUCACAUUGCCUUUGAUCGUCUCAUAAAAAUUGAUCUCCAUAGAACUGAAAAUGAUUCAUUUAAUCAUAAAAUUUGGCAACAAUUUGGAUGCAUACCUAGUGAACCAAUUUUUGUUCCAUCACCGAGUGGUGUUGAAGAGGAUGAUGGUGUGAUAACAAGUGUAGUACUUGAUGGUACAAAGAAUACUAGUUUUUUAUUAAUUUUAGAUGCUAAAUCUUUUAAAGAAAUUGCUAGAGCAGAAAUGGAACAUGGAAAAGUUGUUCCUUAUGGAUUUCAUGGAUUAUGGAACAAAUUAUGA